AUGGCCUCCCGACAAACCUCGUCGUUCGCGACUUUCCUCAUCCUGUGCCCAACUUGCUUCUUCCUCGGGAUCAUCUUCUCCCUCUUCCCCUACGACUACCCAAUCCUCUGGUCAACAAUUCCCACUCCAGCCUCACACUAUGACUACUUCGAAGCCCACCUCCGCUUCCUCCACGCCUCCCCCCCCACUCAUCCCUCGCAUCCUCCACAUCGGCUCAUCACAAAACUCUACCGCCCCUCCGAGUCAAACAUGCUCUUCGACGGCGCCUCCCUCGUGCUCUACAUGUGCGGCGUGACCGUCUACAUCGCCAACAUCGUCAAGGGUCUGCGUCUCGCCUCGGCGGGCCGCUACGGUGCCGAGCUGGCUACCACCGCCGAAGAGAUGGAACAAAUUCUUGGGCGGGAGGACUCGCUGAAGGUUCUUGCUGCUUCGAAUACCAUUCUCGCUCUUGUUCUGGUUGGCAUUCUGGCCCUGCAGGCUGGGCAGUGGUAUGCCGAUCGCAAGGACGCGCAGGAGUCUGAGGCUUUUGCUGCGGGCAAGAAGGGUGGUGCAGAUGGUGCGACUGCUGCGGGUGCUACGUCGGGUUCGUCGUCGGGGUCUUCGGCACGGCCGGGACGGCAGGCGAGCCAGAGGAAGAAGAGCAGCUGA